AUGAAAGCAAGCCUUGAUGACACUUCUCGGCAGGAAGAAAAGAAGAAGCAGCGAGAGCUCGCUGUACGGUUCGGAAAGGCCAUGAUUCGCAAAACUUACAAAGCUAAAAAGAAAAGAGAUAAACGUGUCCAUGUUGGAGUGGUUUGUGAAGAUGAUAUUAUUGUCCGAAGCAGUAAACAAAAAGAACCGAUCAAAACCAAACGAAACACAACCAUAGAAUGCAGUGAUUCAUAUGAAAAUGAUGAAUCAACAAAAAAUAAUGGAGACCACUCAUUGGCCCAAUCAAUUUUUGAAGAGAAUUCAUUACUGGACGAUUCGAAUCAAGAGGACGCCACAAAACAAAACUCUCAGGAUGAAGAUUCUAUAAAAAUUCCAACUACUAAAUACUAUGAAACUAUUGGGUUUUUAAAUGACUUGGAAUUUAUUGAAAUAAGUAAAUUUUCAAGCAUCAAAAGAAAAGUAUUGGAAAUUAAGAAGGUAGUAGAUGGUGGUUUAAAUUAUGAUGAGUUAGAAGAAGAUUUUCUAUCCAAGCCUUACAAGCUCUAUGUAUGCAUACAAAAAGAUAGCAGAAAUAUGGUUGCAUGUUUGAUCGCCGAAGGUAUUACAAAAGCAAAACCAAUUAUUUUCGAAUCACGAAAAAACUCUACAAGCAGUUUGGAUUCACUCUAUCAAGUUUUUAAACAAACAAUGAGCACACAACUAAGUUUAAGUUUAGAUGCACAACCAUCACCAACAACUACUCACUUGAACGAUAAUCAUCCAAGUUUGGACAUGACAGAUAUGAAUUUUCAUGACCUUUCUGAAUGUUCAAAUUCCGAAUACACAAAGGCCGUUCUUGGGGUUAGUCGUAUAUGGGUUAGCAACACAAUGAGAAGGCGAGGUGUUGCAAGCAAAUUAUUGGACUUGGCACGAGAGCAUUUUACUUAUGGAUACAAGGUUCCAAGGAAAUAUAUUGGUAAGUGGUGGUAA